GAAAAACGUACUAGGCCUGAGACGCACUUUUGAUCGUAACGUAGGGAUAAGGUGAAAACGAUUCGAUCAAGAUCCUGGCUGUUCGAUGAACCCCAACAAUGGCACCACCGACCGUUUGUGUUGUUGCCGCCCAUUAUCGAUAAUCAAGUGACUUGAUCACUUUACCAUCUUCACACCAGCUAGUCAGAUAGAUAGUCAGUCAAUUCCAACCAUGUCCAGCCUAGAGAACGCGACGAGUCUGCUCACGAAACUCAAGGGUCUAGCCGAUGCCGGGGAUGUCGAGGGGGGCAAAGCGACGCUGUCGCAACUCAAGAUUGCCAUGUUGGAUUUUCCAUCCUCACCAGAGCACACCAAGGUGGCGACGGAAGCGCUCGAGUUGGGUGUCCUCUUGACCGUCUCGGAAGGCGAUUUGGAUGCAUUUGCUCGAUCCAUGGCCCAGCUCAAGCCGUACUAUGCGGGUGGUGGUGGAACCGCUCAAAAAAGUCACAUUCUGGGCCUCAACUUGAUGUACUUGUUGGUCGACAAUCGCUUGUCGGAAUUCCAUUCCGAAUUGGAACUCUUGACGGAUCAAGAAGCAUCCAAUACAUUCGUCUCGUUUCCCAUCAAUCUAGAACGACAACUCAUGGUGGGCAUUUACGAUGAAGUGCUCAAUGCGGGAAUGAACGUUCCCGAUCCAUCCUACCAAUUCUUUGUCGACAAUCUCUUGCAGACCGUACGAGACUCCAUUGCCGAUUGCGUCGAAGUUUCCUACAAAACCAUGAAAAUCAAAGAUGCCAUGACCAUGAUGAAGUUUGAUACACAAAAGGCAUUGAUGGAGUACGUCCAAGAAUGUAGAGAUGAUUGGAUUGUAGAAGGCGAAACGCUCUGCUUUCAACCUCCGCCCAUGGGAAGUAAGGCCAGCGACAUUCCUUCCAUGAAGUUGAUUUCGCAAUCUUUGAGUUAUGCCACCGAAAUGGAACGAAUCGUUUAGAUCUAGUCAAACAAACUCAAAAUACCAAGGAGAACUGAUCGGUACAAACUAGAAACUAAAAAUGAUCUGGAACUAUACACACACACACA